AUGAAAGCAGCAGUUAUGUUUCCCAAUGAAGAAAGGCCCCGAUACACGGAUUUUCCUGAACCUCUCAUACAAAAUGACGAUGAAGUACUGGUGCGCGUAAAAGCUGUGGCCAUUAAACAUCUGGAUAAAAGCAUGGCGUCGGGCAAACACUAUGCGAGCGUUGCACCCAAAGGCCACGGAGCGUUGAUUGGGGGCGACGGCGUUUGUCUUCUCGCGGAUGGCACAAGGGUUUAUGGCAUGGGCGUAAGUGGCAUGCUGGCCGAAAAAGCGGUGAUCCACAAAGACCGCAUCGUGAGGCUGCCCGAAAGCCUGGACAAUGCCACCGCCGCCGCCUUACCGAAUGCUGUCAUCGGUGCAGCGAUGGGUUUGAAGUUCAAAGCCAACAUUCAUGCAGAAGAUGUCGUGCUAAUAAACGGUGCUACCGGCGUAACUGGCCGUGUUGCUGUACAACUGGCCAAAUAUUACGGUGCGAAAAAAAGUGAUUGCAACUGGCCGAAAUCAGCAAUCCCUGGAAGAUCUGCUUUCUCUUGGGGCUGACGAAAUAAUUUCAUUGAAGCAAACUGACGAGAAGUUCACAGCACAACUGGCGGCUAUACAUCAUGCUACGCCCAUCGAUAUCGUGAUCGAUUACCUGUGGGGCCACCCUGCUGAGCUAAUAUUGGAGGUUCUGAAAGGAAGAGGCAUGUUUACCAGACCCAUAAGUUAU